GGUGGCCCCUGUAUAAAAUGCGUGCGCAGGUCAGGCUGGUCCAUCAUUGAACGGUUGGACAUCGAGGGCUUAAGCACGACCAACGUGAAGAUGAAUUUCUUUGGCGCCUUCUUUGCGCUCGCCAUCUGCGCGACCUGUGGAUUAACCCAAGCGGAUAUAUCACUCAAGCUCCGGCAGCAGCAGCAGCAGCAGCAGCAGCCGCUGAUCACCAAGGAGCAGUACUACAAGACGGGCGGCUUCCAGGAGAGCAACUACGGCAACUCCGGCUACCAAAUCUUUGAGGUGCACAACCACUAUCAGGGCAAGAACAACGCCUAUCUGCCGCCCCACCAGGAGGUACACAUUCAGCAGCAGGCCGCCCGUCCUAACCCCCACCCUUCCCAGGGACAGGUUCAGGUUCAGGUCCAAGCUCAGGCUCAGGCUCAGACCCAGGUCCAUAAUGGGGCCUCUCUGGACGACAAUUUGGAUGUGUCUUUCCUGAACUUUGCCGAUCUGGGCCUGCAAUCGCAUGCCCAGGCUGCCCCAGUAGCUCCAUCUGCUGCCCCCGUGGCAGUCUCAGUCUCUGCCCCCGCUCCAGCUCCAGUUCCAGCCCCUGCUUCCGUUUCCGUUUCCGUACCCUUCCCUUCAAGCUAUCAGCAUAACUUCCAGCGUACGCAGUCCCAGGCUGUCGCUCAGUCUUCCUCCUCUGUCUUUGGCGCCCAGCCCUAUCUGCCCCCUACAUCGUCCACGCCCAUUGUCCAGCCACAGCAGCAGCAACAGCAGCAGCAGUACCCACAAGAGAGCUACGAGGCUCCAGGAUACCUGCCCCCUGUCACCGCAACGGAAGUUUCAAACCCAGGGACAAACUAUCGGGCACCCGACUAUCUGCCUCCCACAGCCUCCUAUCCGCAACAGCAACAGCAGCAGCAGCAGCAACAGCAGCAACAGCAGCAGCAGCAGGUCUAUAGGGCUCCUGCCUACCUACCACCUGCUACCGGCACAGCUCCAUCCGGCGUCGUGAGUACCUCCGGCACCACCUCAUCCAUCCAGGCCCACAGCACUGCCUCCAGCCAGGUUGACUACAGUGCACCCUCCUAUCUGCCACCUCAGCAGCAGCAGCAAGUGCAGCAGCAAGUGCAGCAACAAGUGCAGCAGCAAGUGCAGCAGCAAGUGCAGCAGCAACAGCAAGUGCAGCAGCAAGUGCAGCAGCAAGUGCAACAGCAACAGGCACCUGCAGCAGCACAGGAAUAUAAUGCACCUGGAUACCUGCCACCUGGCUACGACUUCGAGAAUCCCGAUAGGAUACCACUAUCGCUGAUACAGUCCCAAUCCGUUGCUCCUGUACAGAAUGUUGCUCCAGUUCAGCAAGUGGUUCCGGUCCAGAGUGUGGCUCCUGUUCAGCAAGUUGUAGGCGACUACCGUGCUCCUGACUAUCUACCACCCGGAUACGAUGAGCCCCAGCCUCAGCAGCAGCAGCCACAGACCCAGACGAACAUCAUCUAUCAGCAGCAGCAGCAGCCUCAACAGCAGCAACAAGUGUUUGUUGCAUCCAGUCAGGCCAGUGUUGGUCCGAGCCAGCCCGUGGCCCUGCCUGACGGCUAUGACUUCGUGAAGCCCGAGAAUUCAGAGGCAGCCAUUGCCGAGCUCCACAGCCUGCAGACCCAGACGAAAUUGCUGAAGCAGCAGCAGCAGUUGCAACUGCAACAGCAGCAGCAGCAACAGCAGCAGCAACAGCAGCAGCAGCAACAGCAGCAGCAGCAGCAACAGCAACAAUUGCAGCAGGUGCAGCAGCAGCAACAGCAGCAGCAGAAACAGAUUGUGGUCCAAUCUCAAUUGCAGGUAUCCACGCAGCAGCAGGGAUCCGAUAUUAUCUAUGGCCGACCAAAGUCGCAGCAGCAGCAGCAGCAGCUGGCGACAGGAGGAUACCAGGUGCAGCAACAGUACACUGCUCCCGGCUACCUGCCACCUUCCGGUGCCGCCGUUUCUCUGCAGGCUCCAGCUCCAGUUGCCAUUCCACUGCCUUCUCCUGUACCGGCUCCCGCUCCCGCUCACGCUCCCACGCCUGUUGCCAUUGUCCGUGCAACAUCGUCCGCCACAGCCACUUACCGCACGCAACAGCAGCAGCAGCAGCACCAGCAGCAGCAGCAGCACCAGCAGCAGCAACAGUACACAGCUCAAGGCUACUUGCCACCAGUGGCUAUUGCUGCCGCUCCAGCUCCAGUUGCAUCCCCACUGCCAGCUCCUGUCCCGGCACCAGCACCAGCUGCAGCUCCAGCGUCAGUUGCCAUUGUCCAUGCCUCAUCUACAGCCACCGCUUACCGAGGCCACCAGCAACAGCAACAGCAGCAGCAGUACAACGCUCCUGGCUACCUGCCCCCAGUGGCUGUUCGUGCUCCAGUGAAACCUGCACUGCCCGCGCCGGCUCCCACCCAGAUAACGCACAUCCAUUCGCUGAGGAGCUACAUGAACACGGUGCAGCCAUUCGCCCGCUACGCCCAGCCUGUGGCUGUCCGCCAGCAGCAGCAUCAUCAUCAUUACCAGCACCGCCAACUGCAGCAGCAGCAGCAGGUGUUCGAGGUGGCUCCCAUGUACCGCGAGCAGUCGAAGCGUCCCCGUUUCUAUGCCCCGGCCAUGUCCUAUGUGAGCAACGCCCUGCCUCGUCAGCAGCACCACCUCCACCACCAUUACCAUCGCGUGGUGCAGGCACAGGCACAGUCGCAGGUGCAGGUGCAGCCCCGGCCCCGGCCCCAGGUGGUCACCCAGAAACUGCUGCCAGUCGGACCUGCCCCCACUCUGAGCCUGAAGGCGCAGCAGUCGCUGCAGAGGUUCAUGCCCAAGGAUGUCCAGGUGGCCGUGAACGUGGCCAUGGCCGCGGCCCCCGCUCCCUCUCCCCACCGCGGCAGCUCCCGAGUGCGGACCGUGCAGAUUGUCAAGCCGCAUGCGGUGCGCACCUUCAAGGUACUGGAGACGAUCGACCAGGCUGGCGUCAAGACGAUCAAGAUCCUGGGGGCCACCAACGAGCAGCCCCAGGGGCAUCAUCACGUGGUCAAGGUGGUCACCCAGGAUGCGCACAGCGGCACCGAGAGCCACGUGCAGACGGUGAAGAUCUACGAUGACCUGCAGUCAUAUGCCCAGCCAUCGGGAGCCUUCGGUGGCCUUCGACUGGCGCCUCAGGCGGCACCCAGAAGCAAUGGGUACCUGCCGCCGGUCGGAGGACCCCGUCCAAGGACCCGCAUCGUGCGCCAGACAUCAGCCUCAUCCUCAUCCUCAUCCUUCGGCAAGACCUUGCGCCUGUUCCCGGUACCCAGGGGGCUGUGAGGUGCGAAGGUGUCCAGGCCCGAAGGUGGAAUGGAAUGGAGACCAAGGUCGAUCCGCUCUAGCACUGAUUAGUUGUUAAUUUCAUCAUCAACCGCUUAUAUUUUCGUUUUCGUUUAUUGUUAAUGCCAUCGCUGCCUCAUUUCGCAUGCAUUUUUGUUGAAAUUAUUUUGUUUCCCUCGAUUCCCAGCCACAAGCCACAAGCCAUGAGCAUUUCCAAUCCCAAU